AACAUCGGUCGCUCGUGGUUGUGUGUGUGUGUAUGUUUCUAGGUAUUUAUCUUGCAGGUAUAAGUUCACCAUCUUAUAAACGUUCCGUACUUUCACCCGUCAACCAUCUUUAUCGCGUUCACAUUUCAAAUUUUCACGCGAAAAUCUUUAAUUCGCCUUAAUGAAGGGUACGAUUGUUGAACGUUUUUGAAACUCUUUAUUUUUUUCAUUAUGUGAGUAUCGGAUUUCAUCUGGUGUGGUUUGGUAUAAGUAUAUGGUUCGACGCGCUUUGUUUUGGUUCACGUGAAAUAUGCCUUCAUUUUUUUCUAAAAGAUCUCCAGAAAGUGAACCUCUGAUCAGAAAAGAGCGGAAAACAAGUGAUGUAUUGCCAUGCGUAAUAGCUACGGCUAUAGCUUGCCAGUUAUCCUUUCUGACAGGGGUUUCCAUGGGAUAUUCUGCUAUCCUUUUAGCUCAGUUGGAACUACCCACUUCAGUUUUGCGCAUAAAUGUGAAUCAAGCUUCUUGGAUAGCUAGCUUGGGUGUUAUUUGCAGACCGAUUGGAGCUUUAGUUGAAGGAGUUGUAGUUGAUGUAUACGGUAGAAAAACCACUAUGCAAAUAGUUGCUAUUUUGAUCGCAAUCUCCUGGUUGAUAACUUAUUUUUCCUACAAUAUACCUUUACUCUACUUCAGUCGCACUCUUCUGAGUUUUGCAUUGGGAAUGGUGAUUUGCGUCGGAUUGUACAUUGCUGAAAUAAGUAAACCAUCAGAUAGAGGAACAUUAUUAUCGCUGAUUACGCCGAUGACUAUUGGAGGAACCUUGUUCGUUUACGUAUUGGGUUAUUUUUUCACGUGGGAAACUGUGGCUUUAAUUUUAUGUGGAUAUAGUUUAAUUAUAUUCGCCUUAACAUGCUACCUUCCUGAAUCACCAAUUUGGUACAUGAUUAAAUCUAAUAAGACGAAAGCUGUUCAAGCUCUACUAUGGUGUAGAAACGAUAAAUCCGAAGUGGUAGAAAAGGAAAUUACCGAUAUCGAAGACAGACUUCGAAAAAUUGAAACAAAGCCUCGUUAUUUUGAAAAUUUUAAAGACCCCGCCGUUUGGAAACCAUUUAUAAUUAUUGUAAUAUUUUCCAUAUUCCAACAACAGGUCGGAUAUAAUAUCAUCACUUAUUAUGCUGUAGAUUUUUUCUCAAGUUUUGAGACAAAAUACGACGGUACUGUUUUAUCUAUUAUAUUUGCGGCUAUAUCUACCGUGGGUAGUUUACUUCUCAUGACAGUGGUUCAUAAAUUUAAUCGAAAAACAUUACUUAGUGCAUCCGGUCUAGGUAUGACGAUUGCCAUGACCCUAGGCGCCAUCUGUUUAAUGACUGAUUCUCAUAGAAGACUAUCUGUUUUACCUGUGAUAUGCGUAUUUGUUUACAUAUUGUUCUGUAUGAUAGGAAUGAUCGAUAUACCUUGGAUGAUGAUUGGCGAAAUGUUCCCUAGUCGAGUUAGAGGUACGAUGUCGGCUAAUGUAACCGUAAUCAUAUUUAUAAUAACAUUUUUCAACGUAAAAUUGUACCCGUUGUUGAAUCACGUCAUCGGGGUUUUGGGAAUAUUUUGGUAUUUUGCAUUUUUCUCAUUGCUUACUGUGAUUUUUGCCAAGAUUUUCUUCCCUGAAACUAGAAAUAAGUCUUUGUUUGAUAUUGAAGAUGGAUUUAGAAAAAAUGGAGCAAAGUGAAACACUUUUGCUAUUCGAUGGUUUUCUGUUUUGAAAUUUUGAUUGCGAACAGUAAAAAAAAGUUGAGGACUACCCAGUUACUCGUACGAAGUAUUGACUUCGAAAUUUUGUAUUUCAGAUUGAUUUUAAAAUACCUACCUAGCACUGACUGUGAUGUACUUACCUAAGUACAUACUUUCUUAAAUUAGUUGAAUUUACAGCGGUUAAUAUACAAAUUUUUAAUAUUUUAAAUUUUCAGCGUUUUCUCAUCGAUAAAAACUUUCACUGUGUUUUUUAAGUGUUUGUAAUUGAAAUAUUUUAGAAAACAAUUACCUAAUAAAACAACAAGUUCUAAAAUUAUAUAAAAUGCCUUACUACUUUACAUACUUACUUAUUAUUACGGUGUUUUUUUUUUUUUUGGUCAAAUCAUGUCCAAGGGGGACCUGGCUAUAGGUAGGUAAAGAUACCAGGUACCCAUAAACUCAAAUGCAAAUACCUACAUUAUUGACUGAAUAUGAACUUUUUUUGUUUUACAGUCUUUAUCUUUGCAGAAAAACGAGCGGUUUUUAAUGCGAUGUUUAUAGUUCAAAAAAAAAUCGCAGAAUAGAUUUUCAUGUUGCGUUUGUUCGUUUUCUUAAUUUUCCAAAUAAUUUGAAAGGGAUCUCGUAGAAAGAUUUUGAAGUUUUUUUGACUUUUGUUGUUUUUUCAGCAAGUGUUUUAAAGUGCUCGAUAACAGGAUCACAACGUUUCAUCGUUUCUUCCUACCAAAUCUCUGCAAUGAUAAGAAAUAUUGGACAUCAUUAAAAUUACGGAGGAAAUCCGACUCGUCCUUAAUGAAUACAGUGUUAUAAUGAGACUUGAUCUAAUUGAGUAUAAGUGGUGGGGGUAAUUUGCGGAACUAAUCGGAAUCGUCGUCUUCUUCAUCCAUACUGAAGUAACCUGCAUCGUGGUACUUGAUGUAUAAUUCUACCAAGUGCUCAAUUAUAAUAUUGGGCAGUGGUAGUUGUAAUAUUUUCAAUGGCGAGUUAAUGUUGUCGAUUAUUUUAUCUGCAGCUAGCAGUUGAAGCGCCAUUGGAUGAUAGGUUAUUUUAACAGGACUAGCUGCACAAUCAAUUUGCACGAGUGAAGUCAUUGAAGCCAGGUCUACUAACAGGGUGUCUCACAAAAUUUCUCCGAAGAAAUGCAGUACUUUUACAGUACCUUUUGCAUUACCUUUUUUUUUAUCCAGCUUACACCGACCCCCCCCCCCGAAAAUUUUUUUUUUUUGAACCGGUUGGAAUUUGUCGAUAAAAUUUUUACAAGUAUUAAUUUAACAAGUGUUGCCAUCUUUUGAGGUACAAAAUGAACAUUUUUUUUUUUAAAUUUUCACCAAUUAAUUCAUUUUGGGGUUUAUAAAAAAUUUUAAAUCAAUGAUUCUGAGAAAAACUACAGUACUUUUCAGGCAAAAUGCAGUACUUUGCAGUACUUGCAGUACCGAGGAUUUCAAUGCAGUACUUUUACAGCACUUGCAGUACCUGCAGUACCUGUUAGACACCCUGACUAAGUUUGGCAUACUAAUCAAGAAUGACUUGUAAGUGACUAAACACUCGUAUUUAUGACUAGGCCUUUGGGUAUCUGCAAGGGUGGGGGAGACAGUAGUGGCAUAAGACACAGUAAUUGCCAGCACAAGUAUAGGAAAUUGUGCAGAAUUUUCGCUUACACCACUUGCAAAAUUUACAGCAUUUGCAAUCACACCUGUUAUCCGUUUUCACAGGCUACCUUAUACUCUGGUGUUUUCCUACGACAACAAGCGCAAACUGAACAGUCACAAUCUGAACGUUUUUCUGCAUAACAAAGAUUGCAUGCAAAAUAACCCCCACCAAUACCACCCCCACUGCCACAACAACCACCAUUGUCACUGUCUUCCGAGCUGCUACCGCAUCCCAUACAGUCUGAUUCUGAACUUACAUCUGGGUCGCAGCUCCUUCAAAAUGUUAAAUGACACCUACGAUCUGUACCAAAAAUGGCACGAACAAAAACCAAUUGACGAUCAAGCUGACGCUGAAAAUAGCAUCAGCUACGAUGCCGACGACGAAGGAGAUAACUCCGAUUAAAUUAUUAUAAGACGAAGUUCGAAUUAUUUUAUAAUUUUUAUUCAAUUAUACGCUUAUAUUUUUAGAUUUUUAAGCAAUCAUACGCGAAUGUGUGAGUUAUGUGAGAAUGUGUGUGAGAGUGUGGUAUGUCAAUCGGCUAGUCCAUUUUAUAUUUAAGAUUUAUUAACGUGGCUGUGCCCUUUUUUUUCAGUUUUUAUUAUUGGGUUGGGUAUAUUUUAGAAUAAACAUUCGUGUUUUUUUCAGUUUCUAUUAUUGGGUGGUUAUAUUUUAGAAUAAACAAUCGUGUUUUUUCAGUUUUUAUUAUUAGGUGGGUAUAUUUUAGAAUUAAUAAUCGUGUUUUUUUCAGUUUUUUAUCUCAAUUACGUGAAAUGUUUUUAUUCAUUAUUAUAUUUUAUAAUAUUUUAUAAUAAACGAUCGCUUUUUACACGUA